ACAGUUGAAACAAAAUGUUACUGGAGGGAAGUUGAACUUGACACAGUAAAUAUUGAUGGGAGGUAAUCACAUCGUAUGUUGUUGUUGAAGUUUGGUUGAAAUAAUAGGACUCCUUAAAGGUAAUGUGUUUUAAUUGUUUAAUGUGGUUUAAUGUUGUGAUUUCAUGUCUUUAGAUUGCUACAAAACAAAUUUGCAUAUAACUAAGUUAAGAACAUUUUUGGUAGAUAUUGACAAAUUUAGGCCUGCCGUAUAGUCUUAGUGGGUGUCACAUUCGUUGUCGUAAUAAGUAGUGCUCCACAAUCAUUGACUUCAUAAGUUGCUCUACACUCAUUGUCGUAAUAAGUAGGGGCUCUACAAUCAUUGACUUCAUAAGUAGGUGUUUUACAAUCAUUGACUUCAUAAGUACGUGUUCUACAAUCAUUAAUUUCAUUAGCAGUUUCUCUACAAUCAUUAAUUUUAUUAGUAGGUGCCCUGCAAUCAUUGACAUCAUAGACAGGUGCUCUACAUCACUGACUUUAUAAGUAUGUGCUCUAAAAUCAUUGACUCCACAAUGAGGUGCCCGACAAUCAUUGAAUUCAUAAGUAUAAUAGGUGCCCUACAAUAAUUGACUUCCUAAGUAGGUGCUCUACAAUCAUUGACUUCCCAAGUAAGUGCUCUACAAUCAUUGACUUCCUAAGUAAGUAGGCCUACUCUACAAUCGUUGACUUCCUAAGUAAGUGCUUUACAAUCAUUGACUUCCUAAGUAAGUUCUCUACAAUCAUUGACUUCCUAAGCAAGUGCUCUACAAGCAAUGACUUCCUAAGAAGGUGCUCUCGGAACUAUUUAAACAAAUUAACGGCUACAUAAUAGCUCUUCUUGCUAAAUGCCUGAUUAAAAAUUAAUUCUAGUGUUGCUGUUUAUUACAAACUAAAUUCUAGUGUUGUUUUAAUUACAAACGUAAUUCUAAUGUUAUUGUUUAUUACAAACGUAAUUGUAUUGUUGCUGUUUAUUACAAACUUAAUUCUAGUGUUGUUGUUUAAUACAAACUUAAUUCUAGCGUUGUUGUUUAUUACAAACGUAAUUCUAGUGUUGUUGUGUUGUUAGUUUGUAUAGAUACACGUCGACAUACUCUUCACACUUGUUCAAAUAUUAUUUUCAGAGCUUGUGUAAUAUUGUAACAGAAACAUGCCUCAUUGAGUGAGUAGACACACAGCAGCCUCAUUGAGUAGACACACGAAAGUCUCAUUGAGUAGACACACAGAAGUCUCAUUGAGUAGACACACAGGAAGCCUCAUUGAGUAGACACACAGGAAGCCUCAUUGAGUAGACACACGGAACGUAACACAUGUCUUAGAAACCACAUGCGAAUUUUGUCGAAAAAUGAAUGUGAAAUCUUGGAAGAGUAUUGGUAAGUUGUUUUAAUUCCAAACGUUAUCCUCAAAUAACGUAAAUGGCUGUUACACAAUUAUAACUUACGCCCCACUCCCAACAUCUAACAGAGAUAUACUAAUAAAUACUUAAGAUGGUCGCCUUAUAGAAUUAGCUUUUUUUUCCCCAAACUUCCAUGAUGAGGACAAUUUUAAGAAACAGUUUAUUCCUUCCAAAGUAAUGCCUUACUUAAUGUCCAGUACAUGAGUUACAUUCUGUUUGUCCACAGAUUUGAUGACAUGCAACGCUCUUUUGGUAAUGUUAGUAACACCGACCAUCAUUGAAGGCAAGAAUAGAGUUUAGAGAUACAUUUAUUACAGGAUUAUUACUUAGUUCUGGUCCCAUUCACGGCCCACUGCUGACUUUGCAUUAAACAUUCAUGGCCGACAGCUGAUUUUACUGGACCCCUUCGUGGCCCACUGCUGUCUUUACAUCAUACAAUCAUAGCCCAAUACUGACUUUACCAUCAGAUAUUCAUGACCCACUACUGGCUCUACAUCACACAUUCAUGGCCCACUGCUGACUUUACAUCACACAUUCAUUCACCACUGAGCCCCUUCAUUGCCCAGUUCUGAUUGUAAUAAUCAUCUUAUUUAACUAUAUCUGUGAUACUCAUCUUAUUUAAUUAUAUCUGUGAUACUCAUCUUAUUUAUUUAUAUCUGUGAUACUCAUCUUAUUUAAUUAUCUCUGUGAUACUCAUCUUAUUUAAUUACACCUGUGAUACUCAUCUUAUUUAAUUAUAUAUGUGAUACUCAUCUUAUUUAAUUAUAUCUGUGAUACUCAUCUUAUUUAAUUAUCUCUGUGAUACUCAUCUUAUUUAAUUACACCUGUGAUACUCAUCUUAUUUAAUUAAUCUGUGAUACUCAUCUUAUUUAAUUAUAUCUGUGAUACUCAUCUUAUUUAAUAAUAUCUGUGAUACUCAUCUUAUUUUAUUAUGUCUGUGAUACUCAUCUUAUUUAAUUACACCUGUGAUACUCAUCAUAUUUAAUUAUAUCUGUGAUACUCAUCUUAUUUAAUUAUAUAUGUGAUACUCAUCCUAUUUAAUUAUACCUGUGAUACUCAUCUUAUUUAAUUACACCUGUGAUACUCAUCUUAUUUAAUUACACCUGUGAUACUCAUCUAAUCUCAUUAUCUCGGUGAAACUAUAUGUGUUAUAUUUCUCGCCGUUCAUUGUUUCUGUGACACUCAUCUAUGUCAUUAUAUCCGUGACAUCCAUCUGUGAUAUUUAUGAAUGUCAUUAUUUUAAUGAGACCAAUAUUACGCUAUAUUUCUAUGACAUUCAUCCAAUGUCAUUCUGUGACACUCAUCUUGUAUCAUUAUUUUGAAUGGCUCUCUGUGCCCUUCUAUAGGGCCAUCUUUAUGCCCAUAUGUAUGCCAAUUUGGACGCUUUUUAAAAACCCAAUGAUUAUAACAACUCGGAAGUUUUGGGAGCAUUUAUCUGAUAGUUUUCAGUCAAGUUUUGGAAAAGCGUGUAAUUAAAAAAUAAAUGAAAUCCUGCUAUGCCACCGGCUGAUCUUUAAUUGGAUGGAAUUGGUGUAUACAAGUCAGUUGACUUCUGCCACGUUCAACACGUGUUUCGUUGACCUAGUUAGGCCCAUAAGCCUAACGUCUUCGGUCGACCUAGUUAGAACAUUACCUGACGUCUUUGAUGGACCUAGUUAGAACCAUACACCUAAUGUCUUUGGUUGACCUAGUAAGAACCAUGCACCUAACGUCUUUGGCUAACUUAGUUAGAACCCUGUACCUAACGUCUUUGAUUGACCUAGUUAGAAGCCCUAUACCUAAGUCUUUGGUUGACCUAGUUAGAACCAUUAACCUAAUUUAUUGCUCCAUUUACAAACAGGGAACACCUCGCCGUGCCGACGAGAGUAUCGACUCCAAGAUGGCGUCGUAUUAAGCCUGGAUGCGCACAACUUGACCCUGUUCCCCAAAGCUGACUGCACGGUGGUCCUGAGAGCGGACCGCAACAUGUUGAUACGCGCAGACCUUGUCUACCGUCCGGAAGGCGGGGCCACCUGUCAAACGGAUUUCGUUCAAAUCGGAAAUGACGUCACCAUGGUCGGCCUGGACCUGAUGACGUCAUACACGUUCUGCGAUGAGACCGAGACGGAGAUCAUGUCCAGAGGCAACAAGUUGUGGCUAGUGUACAGAACAGCUCAUACGCCCAAGCAGUUCAAGGUUGCGGUCAAGGCUGUCAGGCCAGGUAUGAGCCCGUCGCUAGAAUUACAAUGUUCCCAUCUGACAAGUUGAGGAGCGUGAUCAUCUUUAUGCUGGUAUUUUGUAGAUAUCGGGUACCGGUAUCGUAUGCGUAAUAAUUGCCCAUGUCAAUGUUAUCAUGAUCAUAUUAAUACGUUAACAAAAUAAGACUUUAAAGUCAAUAGUGAAAUUAAAAUAAAUUAUUGACGAUGAUAAUGCACCCAUGUACACUGACGACGGGGAUGCACCCCUAGACGCUGACGAUGGUGAUGCAUCCCAAGGUACUAACCAUUGUGACACCCCUCCUAGACACUGGCGAUGAUGACUCCCCAAUAGGAACUGACAAUGGUGACGCCCCCCCCCCCCCCCCCCCCCCCAGGCACUGACGAUGGUGAUGCACUCCAACGCACUGGAAAUGAUGAUAUGCCCCUUAGGCACUGACGAUAGUGAUAUACCCCUAGGCUCUCAAGAUGGUGAUGCAAUCCUAGGCCUGACAAGAGUGAUGCACUCCUAGGUACUGACAAGAGUGAUGCACUCCUAGGUACUGACAAGGGUGAUAUACCCCUAGGCACUGACGAUGGAGAUACACUUUUAGGCCUGAUAAUGGCGAUGCGCUCAUAGGUACUGACAAGGUUGAUGCACUCCUAGUCACUGACAAUGGUUACGCCCCCUAGUCACUGACGACUGGGAUAUACCCCUAGGCACUGACGAUGCUGACUGCCCCCAGGCACUGACGAUGGUGAUAUACCCCUAGGCACUGACGAUGGGGACGCACCCUAAUGCCCUGACGAUGGUAAAACAACCCUGGGCACUGACAAUGACAGUAACCCUUGGCACUGACACUGAUGACACAAACCCCUUGGCACUGAUCAUGAUGGCACGCCCAUAAUCACUGACUAUGUUGUGAAUUUCAAUGUCUGUACAGUGGACAAAAUUGUUCUCACAAUACACCAGGAUCUUGUUGUUAUAAACUGAUGAUAAAUAUGUCUCGCACCCCCUCCCCCUUAAUUCUUUUUUUUUAAAGUACAAUGUGAUAAGGGAGAGUACACCUGUUCUCCUGCCCAGUGCAUACAGAGUUCAUUGGUUUGUAAUGGAGUCAAGGACUGUGAGAACGGCAGGGACGAAUUUUGUUAUACACCAGGUAGAAAGUAAAAGGUUUGAUUGUAGUUAAGGGGGUGACUUACUUCAGGUAGAAAGUAAAAGGUUUGAUUGUAGUUAAAGGGGUGACUUACUUCAGGUAGAAAGUAAAAGGUUUGAUUGUAGUUAAGGGGGUGACUUACUUCAGGUAGAAAGCAUCAGUAUUAGGAAAAAUCAAGAUUCUACAGGCACAGUGCAAAAUUAUAAAAAUAAUUUUACAUGACUGAGUAAAAAUUGUUUGGGAUCCUCGGUGACAAGGGCCAAUUCCAACACCUUGUCCCAAUUUAUUAAUCCCAGCACCUUGUUCCAUGUCAUUAAUACCAGCACCUUGUUCCAUGUCAUUUAUCCCAGCACCUUGUUCCAUGUCAUUAAUACCAAACCUUGCCCAACUUCAUCAAUCCCAACACAUUAUCCAAUUAAUUUCAUAACAGCAGCUCGUCCUAAUUCAUUGAUCCCAGGUAAAGUGAUCCCCGAGAAGAUCCCCUCGACCUGCUUUAGAUGUGCAGACGGCACUUGCAUCUCGCCAAAAGUUUUUGUUUACGAGGACUUACACGGUGUAACUGACUGGUAUCUAUGUGAUGGUAUCUCGCACUGCCCAGACUCCUGGGACGAAAAUCCAGGUUAGUAGCGGUCAGUAGAGUGAUGUCAUCUCUCACUGCCCAGACUCUGGGACGAAAUCCCAGUCUAGUUCUGGUCAGUAGAUUGAUGGCAUCUCGCACUGUCCAGACUCCUGGGACGAGAUCCCAGGCUAGUUCUGGUCUGUAAAGUGAUGGCAUCUCGCAUUGCCCAGACUCCUGGGACGAAAACCCAGGCUAGUACUGGUCCGUAAAUUGAUGGCACCUCUCACUGCCCAGACUCCUGGGACGAGAACCCAGGCUAGUACUGGUCAGUAAAGUGAUGGCAUCUCUCACUUCCCAGACUCCUGGGACGAGAUCCCAAGCUAGUUCUGGUCAGUAGAGUGAUGGCAUCUCGCACCGUCCAGACUAGACUUCAAUUGAGUAAUAACUUGAUUAUAAGAUGAGUAAUAUCUGGGUGAAUCAUGGAGUAAUGUUUGAGCUAGUAGUAGAGUAAGUAUAUGUAGCAGUGCAGAGCGUUUAAAAUUAAAUACAGUUUUAAUAUGUUUACUACAAUACGGGAUAUGAGUUCGUGAGAACUAAGCGUUUUUAGUUCUUUGAGAGUAGUAACCAGAAAUAUUAAGAGAACAAGCAAAGAAACAGGAGCAUAUCUGAAAAGAUAUAGGUAUAGUACAAGCUAUUUAAAGUGACAAAUCUUUAAGUAUGUACACCUAGCAAUGCACACGGUGGAUAAUUCUGGAUAAACAAUGUUUGAUAGGUUACCCAUAUUACGACAAUCAUUCAAUGAACUAAUGAACUUGGGGGACAACUCUGGAUUUUACAGGUUAUUCAAUGCAUGACAAACAGACAUAAUAGCAAUGAACAUAUUCUUCAUAGCAAGCCAUAAUCAUGUUGAAUAAUUAAGUGGAAUAGCAGCGGUGAUUAUUUUUAAUCAAUAGAAGACCCCCCCCCCCCCUUUUUCCCCAAGAGUAUUCAAAAAGCAAAAAAAAAAAAAAAAAANCCCCGGGUCUAUGCAAGAUGAGAAAGCGCCCAGUACAAAUAUAAUUUUGUUCGCAAACAUCCUGUACCUAUUUUAAGCACGAAUACCCUGAGCUACUCAACUAGUGAGUUAACCUACAAGUCUAGAUACUUGGCUGUUACAAUGAUAAAGUCACACACGUUGAUCUUGUUAUAUGUUCACAUCCCUGUCAGAGGCGUAGCUAAGAGUGGGGGGGGGGGGCGACAAAUGUCCCUGGCAGCCAGACUAGUUAGGUGCGCCAAAGGGUGCUUUGAUAUUAUUUUACUUAAGAAAAUAAUGGGUUUGAGAGUUGAACAAAGAAAGGGAGACCCUUUAAAAGGAAUCUUGUGGCCGGGCGCCAAACGGGAACGAUGCGUGUUUCCAAAUGAGCUAAGUCCAAACUGCUAUUUGCUCGAGUACUUUCUGCUUAAACUUAAAGUGCUGUGGUUUUAUUUCAUCAAUAGUCUAUAUUCUCGACCUUGACCUCAGAUGCUUGUUGGGCGUACCAGCACGACAAAUUUGCCUUGAUACAAUGUGACCGUACAGACAGACACAGAGGCGUCAUCAACAUGUGGAAGACAGACUUCUGUGCAGGGGCGCAACAGUGUGCUACCAACACUAGCAAGCAGGUCUGCUAUGACCGAUCCAAAGGUGUGUCCUAGUCGAAUGCACUUAGAGUAUGCAGAGCCGUCUCGUGACUUUUGGAGUCACAUUGUCACUUUUCGGUUUGCGCCCCCUCCCCUUUCUUUUAUGAUUUAAUCCUUUAUAAUUAUACUAACUUCGCUUUUGUGUUUGGCUGACUGACUGGCUGGAAAAGUUUUCGCAGUGCUAAUUGACCAAAUUCCCGUCAAGCUAUUGAGCUGAAGCUUGGCAUAUAGACUCGUUGUCUAUGACAACACAUUCUUUCCAAUUUUCAGCCCCACACCAAACCCUCCCAAAAAAAUCAUUUUUUACCCCUGUUUUUCAAGGUAAUAUUUUAAGGGGGAAAAAAAUUACACCAAAUGAGAUUCUCUUAAAAAAAAAAAAAAUCACAAGUGCAAAAUAUUUUCGUAUUUUUUUCAUAAAUAGUUGGUAAAUAAAUCUAAGGCAUAAAAACGGGUGGGUCAUUAGAAGACUGGUCUUAAUAUCGUUCAGUGGCGUGACCAAAUAUGCGGUUGCGAUCCUUAAGAGGGGUGGGGGCACUAAUUUUGGAUUCUUAUAAACAGGGGCAUCAUUUCAGGGUUUUUCAGGGGGAGAAGGGGGGGGGGGCAAAACCAAAACUUGGCCGGCUUGUUAAGUUGUUUAUGACUGGAGGUGCCACAGAACAUCGCAAUUGAAAUAAAACCUGCGAAUUCAGGCAAAUGCCCCACCCAAAUGACGUCCCUUCUUAUGCGUUACUUGUAUGCAUGUUUUUCCCAAUUUUUCAUCCCCCCCCCCCGUCCCCACUACUCGAUAUUACAUUUUAUAAAGGAUUCAUAUGAAAAACUUAGUGUUUUUCCCCAUUUUUCCUCCCCCCCCCCCCCGUCCCCACUACUCGAUAUUACAUUUUAUAAAGGAUUCAUAUGAAAAACUUAGCUGUUAGAGGCUGUUUCAUUAUUGUUGAAGCUGAUUGUUUAUUGUGCGUUCGUAGUUAAUUUUACUUAAAAUUUAAAAAUAAAUUUUAAAAAAUAAAAGCGAAACAUUUUAAAAAUGUUAAUUGGUUCACCUAAACAGAGAAAAAAUUGCGCUCUUUGCAUCGAUCAAUUAAGCGAAAUCAAGCUCACCAUGUAGUUCAUUUUCGAUGCAGAUCAUUGAUAAUCUACAAAGCGUCUCUAUCAUUGCUAAUCCAUACAUUUUUAGACCGUUAUGACAGCUGGUGGGUUAACUUUUAAAGAGUGCCACUAUUGCAAACUUUCAGAUAUAAUUUAUUGUAAAAAAACUUUUUUUUAAACAUAAAAAUUAAGGGCCCCUUGACCAACCGAGUUCUCCUUAUCUGCAGGGGUUCCAAGCCCAUGCGACGGGACUCUCAGUGAAAGGACAUUUAUUUAGAAAGUUUGUAAACGAUGUUCACUUUUUAUGUACGGUGCAAUAGAUUUGUCUGCUCUACAUUUGUGGAUAUACAUUGUCAUCUAAUGUUGACCUUUAUUAUAGCAAGACCAACUGGUCGAAAUUUGUCCUUCUCUAUGGGUCACAAGCUCAAACGGAAGGCAAAACAAAAAAUGAGAUUGUAAAUACAUUUAACUCCAACUUGAAACAUCUAGUUUCGUGUCUUUUUUUAUCAAUUUCGUGUUAAAAUAUAUCAAUGUCACAGCUUACUUUGUAGAUGAUUUUUCUUCUAUAAAAUGGGUUCUCGACAAGUUUGGGAACCUGUGCUCUGAAAUUAUUCAUGAAAUGAAGGGCCUUGUCAAUAAUAUUACAUUUUAAUUUAAUGGCAUUCGUAACAAUCUGUUCGGUCAAUGUAAUCAUAUUGGUACAAUUUUUAAACAUCUUCUUCUUCUUCUUUAUUUUGAGGGCCCACGAUCAAUGAAUUGAUCAUUAUGGCUCCUAUGUUUCAGAGGGGUUUGCGAUGUUACUGUGCAUGGGUUUAAUUUAUGGUAACUUUUUAUGACCUCAUUUGACCUAGAGGAUGGUGUUUUCAUUAGAUUAUCUUCUCUUAGUGAUGUUAGCCGUUUCGUUGAGACUAACAUUGAGACUUCAAUAUUCCUACAGACAAUGAUUUCAACCCUAUAGACAAACAGACUCUGAUCAUUGGACUGACUGCAAGUCUGGUCAUCCUGACAUUUCCCUUGGCAUUCCUCAUCUAUAGAAUAUGUAAAUAUAUUUGCCAUCACUACCAGUCUUCAACAGCUUUAAGUUGUCAUCAAAGUAUUCAAAGUAGUUUUUUAAAGAAAAUAUCAAUUUUUAAAGUUAGAGAAAUAUGGGAAACUAAUUCUAUUUACCAUUACUGCUAGAUACAAGGUAUAGUAAAAAUGAGGCAGAAAAUUAAAGUUUGAAGUAAAAGGACUGUGUGGUGUAUCAUUAUGUGGUGCUUAAUUAUAAACCAGAUUUGGUAUAUACUUUUUACUACACACUAUACUCUAAACUAAGAUAUAUUAUCUUCUAAUUUCUUACUUUCCUUAGGAACCUUCAACUCCCCCCCCCCCAACCUUUUGUGCCCCAUCAGAGCAAAGGUUUUAUGUUCCACCUCUCUACACUUUAAAGGAAUAUAUAAAAAGAGGUCCCCAAACUGCUGUUAUCAGGGCCUCAAAAUUCAACUUUGUUGGAUAAAAAGUACAAUAAGUGAAAUAAAUUUGUAUUGCAAUAAAUACGUAAUAGGUGUUUAAAUAAAACAAUAUUUUGUCUUGCUCUUAUCUUUAAAAAACACUUUAAUUAUACAAUUCCGCAAUCAAAGACUAAAUGUCCCAUCGUAAUCUUCAAAAUGACCCUUAGAGUAGCAUAUGCCCCAUUUUGGGAAUCACUGCUCAAAACCAAAGUUAAAUAGCUUUGCCCAGGGACCCAUUCAAUUUCAAUCCAUAGUUCAAAAGUUAUGUCACUGUAGGCAAACAAAGUAUAGCACUAUUGUUUUUCUAAAUUCUCAGGCAUCAGACCAGCUGGUCACAGACCUUCAACAACAUCAACGGUGUCCACUACCUGUGCACACAGCUCCACCAAUGAUGGAGAGGACUGUCCAAUGGUCAGCAGUGAUGACAGCAGCGGACGUAAAGGUGGGACCGGAGGUGCACACUCUUUCAGUAGCAGAACGGAUUGUGAUGAUGACUCACACCUACCUCUAAGACUCAAACACAAAGCUGAUAAGUUGCUGUUUGACCUGCAAAGGGAGGUCUCACAGCUGGACACACUCACCUCUUCACCUAAAGCCAGACAAGUUGUCAUUUAAUUUACAGCUGGACAUUUUACCUCUUCACCUAAAGCCAGAAAAGUUGUCAUUUAAUUUACAUCUGGACACACUCACCUCUUCAACCUAAAGCCAGACAAGUUGUCAUUUAAUUUACAGCUGGACACACAUUCCUACAAAUAAGAAUUAAUAUUUAUUAAUAACUUAUGUGUCAGAAAAAAAAGUUUAACCAUUCCAUUACUAACUUACUAAGUCAUUAAUAACAAACUACAUCAUAGGCAAGUUAGCAGGUCAUUAACAAGUUAGUAGGUCAUUAAUAUUUGUUAAUAAUUUAAGAUUUUGUCCCAUUCUAAAGUUAUAUUUUUUACAUAAUUUAUUAAAAUAAAAUAAAUACACAGUUGGAUUUAAUUACUUUUCUGGCAUUGUGAGACAGGUGAUCAAAAUUACCUGAAAACAGGUGUUUAAAAGUAAAAAUAAAAGAAGAUGGAAAUUAAGUAUGUUCUGAACAGAUAUGAAAUUAAGUAUGUUCUGACCAGAUCUCAAAUAAAUUAUGUUCUGACCAGAUCUCAAAUAAAUUAUGU